UCGAGUGAAAGCAGUUCUAUUACGGGGUCUGAUUAUUCGGAUUUUGAGGCUUCGAUGGAAGGCGAAAAUAAUGGAAGAGUUUAUAAAUCUGUUGGUAAAAUCAGGCCCUGGCAAUUUGAACCGCCAGGACGAACGUAACCUGAAAUAGAGCGCGAGAGUCAGAGGAGGAUCCAUAGCCCGUGCGCCGCGGCCGCCUCAAUCAAGAAAGCGAGAAUGGCUUUUGACAGUCAAGAGAGAUAACUGCAGAUAUGUCAGACGUCAAUGAUGAGCACAAUAUGAGGAAGUUCUACGAUGAAGUGAAAACCGAGCUGAGAAAGACAACUGUUACUCUACGGAUAGCAACACUUUUUAAAAAAAUCAUAGGAAACUGCUGGAUAGGCGUUGGAGCAUUUCUUGAGGUUCCUGAGGACGAACUUGAUAGUAUAGACAAGAGUAACAAAGACGUUCAAGAAAAGGCAGGUGCUAUGCUCAAAUUAUGGAGGGAUAGGGAAGGACACUGCGCAACCGUGGGCUGUCUUGAGACCGCCCUUAAUCUAAUCAAACAGCAAAGGAUCGCAGACAGGCUUUUAGACAUUGCUCGAGAGGAAAAACUUAGAGAAGGCGAACGAAAAGGCGACGAGGUAGAAGAGCAUCAAGAAACAUGCAGCAGCCCGUUGGAAGGAAGUGAAAACGGGGAAUUGGAUGAGUUAAGAGAAAGUCUUAGAAAAGUUAAGGAGAUGAAUCAAACCGUGACGAGGCUCAUAUCUGGAGUAGAUAAACUUCCCAGGAGGCAGCAGAACGCGAGGAGGAACGAGCCACUUGAAACGAUGCACAACCUUCUGAUGGAAGUAGCUGCAUUGAAAGAGGUCAUUGAACAAAAAAUUUUAGUAUGUAUAGCGGAGAACGAAAACGUAGAAGGGUUGAGAGAAAUGACUGAAAAAGUCAGAAAGUUUAAGCAAGAUUUCUCAUAAACGUUGGUUGUCAAUAGUAGAUAAAAUAGGAGCCGAAAGCUAGGUUGGAAAGAACGUGGUUUAUGAGAUUGGGUUCUAAAUUGCCACCGGCUGUUCGCCGCGAUUGAGAAUUUUAGACUGAUUUUGAUUAGAAUUUCGCCAGCGGGCGACUAACUUGUAGUCUUUUCAAUGGUUUUCGUGUCAGUCAUCCCCUUAUCAAACAAAACGUCCGUAACAUUCUCAUUAUACUCUUUAACACUCAGCUGGACAUAAUUUAGAAGUAGGGAUAUCUUGGAGGCAAAGAAACUUUCCUUUUUUGCAUUUUAAAUUUUUCUGUUGACCAAAAUGUACCACAUUGUACGAUUGGAAAAAACAUUUUUAAUGCAACUAUGGCACUCGCGAUUUCGUGCCUUGUUUUACAGUAUUGGAACAAAAAGUGCAAGGCAGACUGAAACGUCUUCUAUGGCUAAAGUUAUUUAUAUAUGAAGCAACAACAUCUUUCAAUUCAUGUCAGUGAUGUAUAUACCUGGAGUGACGCAGGUUUGUCCAAAGCUUGAUGAGCUUUAAUGUUUUCUUGACUAUGUAGCCUUUCGACGUAGCCUAAUUAUAACUGAUAGUGGUAGAACUUUCUGGUCUUGAACAAUAAACAGUUAUUCUUUUGAUACUUAACAAUAAA